AUGGCCACGCCAGAGAAGCCCCGGCGACGGUUUAUUCCAGAGCCCAUUGAGACCACAUUUUCGACAAGUCGAUCAACCAAAAAGACAGAUGACCAAAACACGAUGCGACCAAACCCAGAACCGACCCCGGAGCCCUCUCCUCGCUCGCCAUCUCCUGGCCUUCACGAGUUGCAACAGAAGCAGUUGCGACCUAAGCGACGCUUCGCUCCCCAGUUGAUUGAGUCUUCUCGUAGGAGUCGCAGAGGGGGAGAUGCAGGGCCUGCUACCAAACCUACCGACAAGACCGAUAUCACCCCCUACACAAAGAACAUUUACACCGCCACAAAACACCGCGGAAAAAGACGAGACGAUGCCCACGAUUCUCCCUCCAAUGGCCCCAGACGUCGCGAGUCCGAAGACGAAAAUGUCGUCCAGUUCUUGCUCGAGAUCGCUGCGAAGGAGGCAGAGCGCCAGAUGCAGGAGGCUGCUCUGGCUGCUUUCCCCAACAGUCAUGUGCGCGAAGGAAACGUAGACCAUUUCUACUUCCGCGAGAGUUCAGGAAGCGAUCAGUCACCCGAGAGCACUUCUCCCACGCACGAGCACCACUCAGGCAAGCACCAUCAUCAUAAUGUGCGGCGGCAGUCAUCCGACAGCAAUCUUAACUGGUGGCAUAAGCAUAUGCAAGAGCAUGCAGAAUCCAAGCAGGAGCAGCAAAAUGAGGAUGCUAUGGUUAUUGAUGAGAAACCUGGCGAGAUGGACACUCUGGUCGAAGAGCCAGAAACACCAGGUUUUAAGAAAGACGAGGAUACUGUGAUGCGCAACGAUACGACCGACACGGCGGAACUCGACAAGAUGGACCUUGAACUCCCCCCGGAUCCGGUCUGGACCACCUCCAAUACGCCUCGUGAUAGUACUAGUAAGCGCUCAUCGAUUGGAGUCAGUGGCCCGAUUGGGGAGACGCAUAUGCCGCUGCUUGACACUGAGUCGUACCUGACCGCAGAGCAACGCAACAAGGCCGCAUCGCCGGCACCUGCAGCAUCCCGGCAUAUUGGUGAAUCUACGAUGCCCUUCAUCCCAUCGGCGCCGGCCGCUGGAUCUGCAGAUACCCCGUUUGCUAAAUCUUCUCAAAUACCCCCAGACACUGGCGGUUUUGCGUCGCGCAACGCUGCCCGCCCCUUUGGACGACCAUUCGGAGGCUACGGACGUGCAUCGCCUGCUCCCUUAUCCCAGAAGAAGCGAUUCGGUGUUACUCCACCAAUGCUCGGCAAAGACCUCACUUUCCGAAAGUGUCCUUCUCCCAAGCAGACGAAGCUCGAACCCGAUCAUCCAUUCGCAGAACGACAUGCUGAGGAGAAGUUCCGGGAUCUCUCGGGUCAGAAUGGUCUCUGGCGAGGUUACUGCUUUAGAUCAGACUCGAACGAUGCGUAUCUGGUGCCAGCAGACCUGCAUGCCCCACCAAUGUUGGCUACGCCCAGACCGGCGGCCAGUCCCGGUGAUGCCUCACAUAUCAGCUCCCCACCUUUGACAGACGAGCCUGUCUCCAUCAACGGCACGACCAACGGCCAGGCAAAUGGUGUCGCAGAGCACCGGACACGGGCCGGUCCUCCCAAGGGGCUCCACAUGUUGCAUGGCAUCAAUGAGCGCCUGCAGAAGGAAAAGGCACAUGUCGAGUUGGAAGAGAAGAUUGAGCAUGAGUUUGACGAUACAUUCGUCACGCAAGUGUACAAUUACCUUUCUCUAGGCUACCCCGCUAUGGCCCGCGCUUUCGACGGUGAGCUCUCGCGAAUUAGCACGAUGACUAUUGAAGAUCUCGAGAAGGAUGAUGAGAAGCAACUUGCUCAGGGUCAUCUUGUCGAGUCUGAGGCCGAUAAGCCUCGCGAUCAGAGAUGUCCGCGAUGGCACGCUCUGCAAUCUUAUAUCAAGGAGUGGGCUAGACAACAUCCCAACCUCGACAGCAUGGAUCCUGUUGGAUGGGGUGUUCGAGAGCGAAGAGGCAGUUGGGCUGUCUAA